AUGAAGGACCGUGAAUUGCGUUUUGUUGCUGCAUCAAAGCACAGUCGUUUACAUCCUAUAAGAACAUUAAAAAGUGUUCCCUCAUCUCCCAUAGAAAAAGAAUUAGAUUCAAAAUCACCUUUUGAUUUACGUCGAGUACUUAGUGGAGGUCAAAGAACCUCAAAUAUACGAUUUGCUUCAAAUCGUUCCUCUUAUCACUACACGGCGCCCUUUCAAUACCAACAAUAUUAUCCCCAACAAAAUCAGCUAGUACCCCCACAUACAGCACCGCCAGCAUUUCAUUCAUAUUCAACACUUGGUGUUGAUAUUGCUGUUGAGGCUUUACGCCGUAGACAGCGAAUUUAUCGAACAAGUUCAACCGGUGCACCAUUCCCAGCAGCUAUACCUCUAAAUUCUACACCACUUCAUCCACUCUCACAGAGAAAACGCUUCCUAUCUGCUUCCUGUGUUGAUCAACGUUUAAUUGAGCGCCCACAAAGAGCUCUAACUAUUGCUAUGGGACAUUGGGAUACUUUAAGAGCACAUUUAAAAACGCCAAAACAUUCAACUGCGUCAAGUCUCGGUCCACCUACAGCAAAUACACAACAGUGUUUGGGGUUUGAAACGGUAGUGCCAAAAGGCAGUAUUGCUUCAACUUUUUCAUGCCCCGCACAAGCAGUUACAAUUGCCACAACAGGAUUAACUGGCACAAUAAUAGCUACACAAGGAGGGGGACAAUCCGGUGGCCUUUCAGCUAGUCCAGCAGUUACUUCAACAGCUUCCCAGCAAUUACAGCAUCCAUUCCCUGCACCUAAAAGCAAAUUCAAAAUGGCACAUGAAUCCUUUCGGGCCCGAAUGCUGCAGGAAAUGCAGGAUCAGGAGGCCGUGUUCAUGACAAAGAAGAGGACUGCUGAUAGCAAAUCGAGCGAAUUUAAGGGCGGUGAGCUUCAUUCUUCUUCUCCUUCUCCUCCUUCCAAUUUUCAGCUACCUAACCAACAAACUAAUAAAAAUACAAUUGACUCAGGCGAUUUCAACAAGUACACGGCGCAGAGCUACACCAUCCGGAAUGGAGUGGAAAUCUUCGGGGCCAACAUCCACAACGAGUUCGGCGUCUGCGGUUGGAUCCUCACCAUUCUCUCCUACAUCCUCAUAUUCUUGACACUACCUAUAUCGGCUUGUAUGUCAAUAAAGGUAGUUCAAGAAUAUGAGCGUGCUGUCAUCUUUCGACUUGUAAAUUUAUUUAAAAAUAUUUUAAAUUUAAAUAAUUUAAAGGGGCGACUUCUUCCCGGCGGCGCCAAGGGUCCAGGAAUUUUCUUCAUUGUUCCUUGCAUUGAUACUUAUAGAAAGGUUGAUUUGCGUGUACUUUCUUUCGAGGUCCCUCCACAAGAAAUACUUUCUAAAGAUUCUGUAACUGUUGCUGUUGAUGCUGUUGUUUAUUUCCGAAUUUCUAAUGCAACAAUUUCUGUAACAAAUGUAGAGGAUGCUUCUCGCUCCACAAAACUUUUAGCUCAAACAACUUUACGAAAUAUAUUAGGUACUAAAACUUUAGCUGAAAUGUUGAGUGACCGUGAAGCUAUUUCCCUUCAAAUGCAAGCAACAUUGGAUGAAGCUACUGAACCUUGGGGAGUAAAGGUUGAAAGAGUUGAAGUUAAGGAUGUAAGGUUGCCUAUUCAAUUACAACGAGCGAUGGCUGCUGAGGCUGAGGCCGCACGUGAAGCUAGAGCAAAAGUAAUUGUUGCUGAAGGAGAACAAAAAGCCUCCCGCGCUCUCAAAGAAGCAGCCGAUGUUAUAGCAGAAUCUCCCCAAGCAAUUCAACUUCGUUAUUUACAAACAUUAAAUUCUAUUAGCGCCGAAAAAAAUUCUACAAUUAUUUUUCCUUUCCCUGUUGAUUUACUUAGUGCUUUACUUCAUCAACAGCAACACUCCACACAACAACAACCAUCAUUAUCAACACAAAAUCAACAACAAACGCAAAUACAGCCUAUUAAUCGUUCACCUGUUCACAAAACUAAUGUAUUUUCAACUGUUGUUGCACCAGCAUCACAACAAUAUCAAAUGUAG